UUGUGCGGAUGAUCGGACGGCCCCAAAAUCGAGUGCCGGGCGAAGGAACACCCGGGUACCCAUAGAUUUUCCCAAGCCAUGGUCUCCGCCGUCGCCUCCAUGCCGGCGAUGGCCGCGGCCCCAAUCACCGCCAUCUUCUCACCGUCUCUCCCAUCCUUUCUCCGCUCACACCAUACCAGCGGCCAUCGAGCUGCCACCACCCCGACGGUAGCCUUCUCCCGCCGCUUCCGCGAUGUAAACCCUAGCCAUAAACGCUCAGGAGGCAAGGCCACCCUGGCUCCCGCCACCGACGAAGGCUUUGGUGUCCUGGAGACGGAGCUCUGGCGCCUCCGCCGGCGCAUGGAGCUGCGGCUCCACCGUCUGGCAGUCGAGGCCGACGAGGCCUACCGCGACCUUCGCUACGCCGCGCGCGACGUCGGCGGGGACCGCCUGGUCAUAACGUUCCGCCGUUCGUCGCUGCGCUUCGCUGCCUGUACGCUCUUCUGGUCGCUUGCCUUUACUGUCGCGGCGCGAGCGCUGCUGGGGAUGGUUUCACGGGCGUGGUGGUGGCUGGGUUCGGGGAGGGGAUGGUGGGGUGGACGGGGUGGCGGCGGGGCGGUUGUUAGGCGGAGGGACCGCAGCCUUGGAGGGAAGGAGGUGGUGGUCGCUGUUUCGUCGUCGCCUAUGUCUGCAGCCUGGACUAGCCAUGUCCAAGAGCCAGCAAGGGUGGUCAGGAGGAGGGAGCCGAAAGCGAAGGUGCCGGAUUGGUGGCCGGAGGUGGGAUUGAAAGUAAUGGAACCAAGGCCAGAGAUGGAGAAGUGGACGCGACUGGCCAACAGAUUGGUCCGAGCAAUAAUUGAUAAUAGAAUCACUGGGAGGGAUUACAGAUAUGAUGAUGCAAUUCAACUUAGGCAAAUAUGCAAGACAUGUGGCAUAAAGGUCUCCUUUGACACUGAGAAUGCUCGCGAUUCUUUCUACAGAGCAGCAGUGAACUUUGUUCUAGAUGAUUGCAGCAGAGGAGAACAAGUUAAUGAUGAGAAUCCAAGGGAUUUUCUUGCUGGUCUUGCUACUAAUAUUGGAUUGGACAAUCCUCGUGCUGCCACUCUUGUAUGUGCUUCAGUUGCUGCUCGCACACGUACAUGUACAUGUUUCUUACAAUGCUGGGCCCUAGAGAUUCAAGGAAAACGACCAGAAGCACUGGAUGAGCUUUUGAAGAUUUGUAGAAUUCAUAACAUGUUUCCUCCUGAGGACAAUUCUGCAGAGAUGGAAAUGGUGGCUGCUGGACUCGAAAAUAAUUUGCAAGUUGCUGAGAGGGUUCACCUUCUAACAUUAUUCCGGAGGGCUUGUACUACUGCGAACAUCAAAACAGCAGCAGAGGCUCUUGGCCUGAAUUUGCCAGAUGAAUGAGAAUGAAGCAGAAGGGUUUGUUUUGUCCCAAAAAAUUCUAGUUCGUGCCGUCUCCCAUACAUCAACCUCAGAUGAUGGCCUGAAACCCCAACAACAAUUUAUGGUUGAAGCUUUAGGUAACCUCAGUUUGCAAACAUGCAGAACGAAGCAUACCGCAGGCCCAGGUUUCCACCUCAUCAUGUACCGGCGAACAUAUUUGCGCCAUCCCCCAUGAGUGAUGCUGAAUCAUAUCUGGAGGACAGAUCUGCCCCAUCACGAAUGAUGAUGAACCAUUUCGAUCCAUUCCUUUUCUUGUCUGCUUCAUAAAGCUUCUAUGUUAUUUAAUUUUUUAAUUUUUUUUUGGGGUUAGGGGGGGGGGGUGCGGCUUUAUUGUGUGUGGAUCGCCUAUAAUUAUAUUACCUCCGUUGUUAAAUAUGUAGUACCAUUGAUUUUUUUUCAUUCACUAGUAGAGUGGAAGCACUACUAUAGUAGUAGAUUUUAACAAUUCACUUGACUAACCACAUAUGUUAAUAUAACAUUAACUUGUGCC